CAGACGGACGAGAGGGAGCGCUACAUCGCCCCCACGGUGCUGGCGGACGUGCAGCCAUCGGAGCCUGCCAUGCAGGAGGAGAUCUUUGGGCCCAUCCUGCCCAUCGUCACCGUGCCCAACGUGGACGAAGCCAUCGCCUUCAUCAACAGCCGGGAGCGGCCGCUGGCCCUGUACGUCUUCGCUUCCGACAGCAAGCUGGUGCGCCGGGUGCUGGAGCAGACGAGCAGCGGCGGUUUUGGUGCCAACGACACCAUGAUGCAAAUGACGCUAAUCUCGCUGCCCUUCGGUGGGAUUGGUACGUCUGGGCCCCCAGCCAACCCCUGUUCCCUGCCCCCCGG